UUUGACCCAGUGACACUUUCGCUCUUUCUUAGGAGGUUCUCUCCUUCAUCCCUAAUACGACGAACUCUCAUCUUCUCAGUUGGAUAUCUCUAAUGCUUGUUCAACGACUGAACCCUAAUCGUUGCUGCGCGUGGUGACUGCUGAUACAGAAGAUGGAGUUUUGCCCAACUUGUGGUAACAUACUGCAGUAUGAAGUGCCUAAUAUGGGUCGCCCUUCAAGAUUUUUUUGUUCUGCUUGCCCAUAUGUUUGCCACAUCGAGAAUAGGGUUAAGAUAAAGAGAAAGCAGAGGUUGGUGAGAAAAGAGAUAGAGCCUGUUAUCUCCCACGAUGACAUGAAGAAUGCACCAACAGCUGAGGUGCCAUGCCCAAGAUGCAACCAUGAUAAAGCUGCUUACACAGAAUUUCAGACUCGGUCAGCUGAUGAACCUGCAACUAUUUUUUAUUUGUGUUUGAACGAAAAAUGUAAGCACCAAUGGCGUGAUUGACUUAUGCUAUAUAUUUUUUAAUUGGCUAACGACAUAAUAGCUUUUCGAGCUGAUUGGUAAUUGGGAUUACAUGAAAAUUAAGAGGGUUUUAGAUAUUUUUAUUUUCUUGCUAACAACUAAAAGGGCUAGGUUAUUUUUAUGUUAUACAUCGAAGUUUGUUUUAAGGAUUAGAAAACUGAGAUGG